GAAGAAGAAGGAAAGAAGAAGGAGACGAGACUUAAGAGUGAGCCGGUUUCAACCACAAAAGCAAAAAGCCACCGUAGCCCCAUGCCCCAUGAGAUACCCGGCUCUUCUCUCCCUCUCCUGAAGCGUGUUCUAAAGAGAGAGAUGACUGCAGGAGUCGUGGGUCUUGGACUGGGUGGGUUCGCCAUCAAGAACUCUGCGUCGGGCAGCUCAAAGUCGAGGCCUUUCGCCGCCGCAAGUUCGGUCCCUCUCUCUCGCACCCACGUCGCUUCCGCAGGAGCACAGGUUGGCGAAGGUGUUCUCAGCAGUCCCUUGCUUGGCACAAGAAAUGGAGCAAAUCCUGAAUAUAGGUGGUUACGACCCACUUACAUGGCCAAAGUUGCAAAAGGAAGUUCUGGCCUAGUUGGGGACAAUGAGGGUGUAGCCAAUGAGUUGGAUUAUGCAACAGAGUACAGUACAGUAGACCAAAUCAAAGCUUGCCUUUACCAGGCUCUCAAUGGAUUAAAUAGAGGAAUUUUUGGUGUACCAUCUGCAAAGAGGUCUGAGAUUGAAGGUCUUGUUAGGCAGCUUGAGUCUCAAAAUCCAACUCCAAAUCCAACAGCGAAUUUAGACAAGGUGGGUGGAUGCUGGAAGCUUGUAUUCAGUACGAUUACUAUUCUCGGUUCGAAGAGAACAAAGCUAGGACUGCGAGAUUUCAUAAAUUUAGGAGACUUUCUUCAGAUUAUAUCUGUUGCUCAGGGCAAAGCAGUCAACGUGAUCAAGUUCAACGCAAGGGGCUUGAACAUGUUGAAUGGGCAGUUGACGAUUGAUGCAUUCUUCAGGGUUGCAUCUGAAUCAAGAGUUGACAUUAGUUAUGAUAAAUCAACUAUCACUCCUGAUCAGUUGAUGAAUGUAUUUCGACAAAACUACGAUCUCCUCCUACGCAUCUUCAAUCCUGAGGGGUGGCUUGAGAUUACAUAUGUUGAUGACACCAUGAGGAUAGGAAGGGAUGAUAAAGGCAAUGUCUUCAUACUGGAAAGAUCAGAAGAGGAGACAUGAAUAUCAUCAGAAGCUCAAUUCCCAAUUGCUCUUGUUGUUCUCUGUAUUCAUUUUCAUUUUUCCGGAAUUCUUUGUAGUUGGGUUCAACCUUCGUUAUUCUAAAGAAAUUUUUUUAUUCUGCA